AGGUUCUCCACUUUGACCCCGUAACCCGGAAGUGAGCGGGUAGCGAAAAAGCGUCAGGUCUUCAUUCAUUUAGUCCAAUUGCAAUUCGGAUAUUUUAUUAAAACAUCAAUAGUCAUUGACGCCUGAUUCAUUAUUCCAACAGAGAUGUUUUACCAUAUUUCUUUGGAACAUGAAAUCUUACUACACCCGAGGUAUUUUGGUCCCAACCUCCUCAACACCGUGAAGCAGAAGCUUUUCACAGAAGUGGAGGGCACGUGCACCGGCAAAUAUGGCUUCGUCAUUGCAGUCACCACUAUUGACAACAUUGGAGCAGGUGUGAUCCAGCCAGGCAGAGGAUUUGUCCUGUAUCCAGUCAAGUACAAGGCCAUUGUGUUUCGUCCAUUCAAGGGAGAAGUAGUGGAUGCUGUGGUCACUCAGGUUAACAAGGUUGGAUUGUUCACAGAAAUUGGUCCCAUGUCCUGCUUCAUCUCUCGCCAUUCCAUCCCCUCAGAAAUGGAGUUUGACCCCAACUCUAACCCUCCCUGUUACAAGACAGUUGAUGAGGACAUUGUAAUCCAGCAAGACGAUGAGAUCCGACUUAAGAUUGUGGGAACGAGAGUAGAUAAGAAUGAUAUUUUUGCUAUUGGUUCUCUUAUGGAUGACUAUCUGGGUCUUGUGAGCUGAUUCUCCAAAACAAAAGCACCAUUUACUUUAUUCCUUUCAUGUAGAGGUUUAGUUAUUUCUUUGUUAUAAUGCAUAUUUUUCUACAGCGAUUCAUAUUGUGAGGUGGUUAUGAAGCCUCAUGCAUCAUUGUUUUUAUUACUUUGCAGUACAGCCUACAUUUGUAGGACUUUAUUUUACAUAAUUUGAGAAUAACUUAGUAAACAGAAGUAACUCAUACCUAAUGUACACAUUUUUCAUAAUGUGAAAUAGGAUUCAUUGUUUUCAUGACAUGUUUUGAUAUUUAACUGCAAUAAAGUGUUUUUUUUGUUCUUA